CACUGUUGUAAUUGUAAUAGUGAUGUCUCUAUCACACGAAGCACAUGUCUCUUUGCAUGGUCUCUUCCUUUUUUUUGAUGCCACACUUGUUGCUUUCUCUUCUAUCUUUUCCUCCGCCUGUAAAUUCUGGACAGUCUUCCAUGGUGGCGGCUGGCUUACUUCUUCACUGUGCGUAGUGGAAGCAAACAACGUGGAAGUUGUUGGUUGAAACUUAAUCACCACUGAUUCUUUUCCAUAUAUACGAUAUGGAGAAGACUUUACAAGCUUUCUGGUCCACGAUCACAAGCAAUAUGUUUCCCUCUGAAUGGAGGUUUGCUGCAAAAAGUUAGAGUUCAGGAGGAGUAUUAAAUGCAGCUUCAUGUGAUUGAUUACAAAAAGUUAACUUUAAUCACAUGUUAUAAUCGAGGUGGUCUUAAAAGUUUCUGAAGCUUCUUUUACCUGAAUUGUGGUUAUGCUGGGAACAAAUAUGGAGUCUUUCGAUCAAAAGUCUCUCGAAAGAGUACUUUCACAGCGAGCUCUCCAGAUGGGGAAUUCAUUUCCAUGUAAAAUUUGUGUGGUGGGAUUCCUUUGUGGGGUCUGCCUAACCUCGUUGUUUCUGGCUGCUCUCACUUCAUUUGGUGCUUUUGAGCUUGCACGGACUCCUUCCUUAACCUUUUCCGGUGGAAUUUUAAAAACAGACUCUACUUCGGGAUAUGCCAUUAUAGGUAGUGACUGCAACUCUAAACAAAAAGAAAAGGAAAGAAUAACGUUUUCACAGAAAAGUGCCAUCAUUGAAAUUGAUGAGAGAGUGCAACGACUGUAUUCAGUUUGGAGUAAUUCUUUAAGCAAAUCUGCAUCUGAGAAAGGUCAGUCAGGAAUCAGCAGAUUGGAUGGACAAAAUUUCCCAGAUGCACCUCACUUGGAGAACUGUAGAUUGAGAGUUGAAAUAAAUCGUCGUCUUGACAGCAGGGCUGAGAACGAGAGCUCCCCACCAUGGACAAUUUGGAAGGGAAUGUUAGAUAAUUUCCCAUUGACAACUGAUGAGCAGCAAAGGUACCUCAGACAUCAAUUGACGUCGGAAAGUGCUUAUCUGCCUUGGAUAACUGGAUCAGAUGAGGAGAAUUAUCCUUUGACCAGGAAAGUGCAACAUGACAUAUGGUUCCAUCAGCAUCCAUCCAACUGUAGAGAUCCUAGCAUAAGGUUUCUUGUCGCUGAUUGGGAGCGAUUGCCUGGAUUUGGUAUUGGAGCUCAGAUUGCUGGCAUGUGUGGUCUUCUUGCCAUUGCGAUAAAAGAAAAACGGGUGCUUGUGACUAACUACUACAAUCGAGCAGAUCAUGAUGGUUGUAAAGGUACUUCACGCUCCAGUUGGUCUUGCUACUUCUUUCCGGAAACAUCCCAAGAAUGCAGAGAACGAGCAUUUGAGCUUAUGCAAAGCAAAGAAGCAUGGGAAAAGGGGAUCAUAAGAGCGAAAGAGAAUUACACUUCAAAAGAAAUCUGGGCUGGACGGAUUCCCAGGAUCUGGGGCAGUCCUUGGAGUUAUAUGCAGCCCACUACAGAAAUAAAUGGGACUUUGAUUGCUUAUCAUCAUAAAAUGGAUCGAAGAUGGUGGCGUGCUCAGGCAUUGCGCUAUUUGAUGAGGUUUCAGUCUGAGUACACAUGCAACUUGAUGAAUACUGCACGCCAUGAAGCAUUCGGAUGGGAAGCAGCGAAAAUGGUUCUCUCAAACAUGAAUUCAGAUGUGGAAGAGCAGGAUGCUGUAGAAAAGGACAGACAUGACAUAGAAAAGUUUGUAUGGUCGAAUCACAAACCAUGGAUUCCUAAGCCUUUGCUAAGCAUGCAUGUGAGAAUGGGUGAUAAAGCAUGUGAAAUGAAGGUGGUUGGAUUCCAGGAAUACAUGCAUCUAGCUGAAAGAAUCAAAAAGCGCUUCCCUCAUCUUAACAGCAUCUGGCUUUCCACUGAGAUGCAGGAAGUCAUUGACAAAUCAAAAUCGUGCCCUCAUUGGAGAUUCUACUACACAAACGUGACGCGACAAGAAGGGAACACUUUGAUGGCAACUUAUGAAGCCAGCCUUGGCAGGGAAACAAGCACCAACUAUCCCCUGGUUAAUUUUUUGAUGGCUUCUGAAGCUGACUUCUUCAUAGGAGCAUUAGGUUCCACAUGGUGCUUUCUCAUAGAUGGCAUGAGGAAUACAGGAGGAAAAGUCAUGUCAGGAUACUUGAGUGUGAACAAGGACAGAUACUGGUAGAAGCUUGUCAAGUUUUUGGUUGCUUCAGAAUAACUUGGAAUGUGCAACAAUUGGUGAGCAAGAACCGCAGCAUGGCACUUGGCAUUUCCCCUGCAUACUCUCCUAAAAUCCAAGUGCAAUAUGAAAAUCUACUGCAGUAACUGGGUGACAUGUAUUCCCAGGAUUGGAUUUCACUUGGCCAUUUACUGCUUCCGUUUUAUUGUGAUCGACAUACAAAUUUGUGUAAUUGUGUUUUGGCAUCCUACUGUAAGUAUCAUGUACAUACAAGUUUUGCGUUAUUGUACAUUAUCAUGUAUAUUCACAUCUGCAUAUGACCCGAAGCACUUCUCAAAAGACCUCAAAAAAAAAAGAGUAAAUAUUCUUGCUUCAUUGGAUA